AUCGCAAAGGACGGCUCAAGCUUUCACUGCACAGAGUCAUGGGUCAAGAAGUUCCUGUUUGAACAUCUUCACUGGUCAUUUUGUCGUGCAACUUGCGCUGCACAAAAACUCCCUGAAAACACUGAUGAAUGCUGUCUCAAACAGUUCUUGCAGCUCGCACUCACUAUUCGUGACUGUGCAAUCUUUCAUCCCAGCUUCUAUGUCAACAACAAUCAAACAAACAUUAUCUACCAGCCCGCCAACACCUCAACAUACGAAGUGAAGGGCUCAAAGCAGGUCGCUGUACUUGGACAAGACAAGAAGCGAGCAUUUACUACUCUCGUUGGAAUCUCUGCAGCCGGUGAUGCUCUGCCUUUCCCGAUCAUAUAUUGUGGGAAAACAAAGUGCUCACUCCCAGCAACAACGUCUGCACAGCACAAGGAGGCUCGGCAACUCAGAUUCGAAUUUUGUUACUCCAACACCGACACAUAUUGGUCCAAUUUUGACUUGAUGUGUAGCUAUGUUUCGGACAUCUUGGUGCCCUACUGGAAACGCCAAAAGGAACUCAUAGGAGCACCUCCUGAUCAAGAAUGUCUUCUGCAGCUCAAUGUUUGGUUGGUUCACAAGUCCAUCACUUUUCAGACUUGGUUGAAUGAGACGUACCCAUGGAUCAAGUAUUGGUUUGUCCCUGGAAACUGCACA